AGUGUCUGCAUUUUCAGCAUGUCAGAAAAAAUAAUGAAACUUGUUUGCUAAAAUAUUAUAUACAUACAGUGGGGCAAAAAAAGUAUUUAGUCAGCCACCAAUUGUAUAUAUAUAUAUUUUUUUUACCGCCAGUGGCCACACACAGACAAAAAAGCGCACCGGCGGCGUCUGGGACAUGCCAGUAGUUUCAGCUAUCACAGCUAUAGCUUGUGUUUACAAGUUAACCAGGAGUUUGAAGUGCAGGCGGAGUUGCAGCUUUUGUCGGGUUCUGCUUUUUGAAUCAUAAAGGCAAAGUUUACUAAAUAGAGGUGCUGCGCGUACCAGCCAGUUUUGAACAUUGACAACCACGCCAGUGACCUAGUGCAUGUGGAAUGGCAGCUUCCCGGCUGGUAAAAGGUAUUCUGAAGAACAAGAACAGCGGGACAGGCAUCAAAGUGGGCCCGUCCGAAGAAGUACCAGUAGAGACUUCAGAACAAGCGGCGCGUGGACUUCUGGAGGAUGACCCACAGAAGAAGUCACAGAAAUGGGACGAGAUGAACAUACUGGCAACGUACCACCCAGCAGACAAGGACUACGGGAUGAUGAAGAUCGAUGAGCCUAGCACACCCUACAACAGGAUGGUGGAGGACGAAGGGGCGCACAGCGACUCAGAGGGCAACGUGCCCAACGUGGACGACCUGGCCUCGAAAUUGGCAGCAGCAGAGGGAAAGGAACCGCGCUUCAUGAGAGAGGAGGAGGAGGAGAGUAGUGAAGAAGAUGAACUAACCCCAGAGGAUCAAGCGAAAAAGAAGCAGUUUCAAAUGAUGAGGAAGAUGCAUUACAACGAGGGCCUCAACAUCAGGAUGGCCAGGCAACUCAUAGCUAACGAAUUGGCGGAAGGCGAGGACGAAGAGAUGAGAGACGAAACGGAGGACAUCAACGUAGACUCGCCGCAAGACGCUCUGGAUUCCUAGAGGAGGACGCGCCACCUCUCCUGUCCCCAGCCUGUCUCGGCUUCUGACACAUUUAAGAGAAACUUGCCCACACAGUGCCGGGCCAUAGAGCAGACGGACACCGCUUCACAAUCUUCCCUCAAACAACCCCUGUUCAUGCGUGUGUAUAUUUCCCAGUAACACUGAAAUGCAAAGCAUUUUGACCCUGCUGGUUGCUUCUCUUCAUUGCCAAGAGUCCCUCACAAAAAGUUGUCAUUGCCUCAAAGGAACCAGACCUCAAGGAACUGAGACCUAAAGACUGUUAUUAUCAGUGAGGACUCCUGCCUUGCUCGCUCUCUGUCCAUCUCUUUGUCCCGGCUACUCCUGAGCAUCUGGUCGAAUGCUGUCAGAAAGAACAGCAGCACCCAUUGGAUUUCUCAUUGAAUGAAAGUAGUAGAAUCUUUUUCUGCUGGUGGUAGGGAGGUAGGAGGGUUUUGGUCUCUUGAUUUUUGUCUUGUUCCUUCUGUCCCCAUACCUGUUUUUGUUUAAUUUUUUAAUUUGUUUUAACUAUCACCAGAACCUUCAUUGGAGAAAUCUGAAACCUUGAUGAGCUAGCUGCUGUUUUCUUUUUCUUCACAAUUUCCUCCUCCGUUCCAAUCUUGGAUUUGGUGUUAUCUGGAAUGGAUAUAGGAACGUCAGACUGCAUUUUUAACCAGCCCACGGGGCAUCUCGAUAUCUAAGGUGACCAGCAUUCGACUCAGUCCUACACAUAUUUACGCCCACUGUAGGAUUUGGUACAGACUCAUUUUCUUCUCAGAACUAGACUUGAGCCCUUUCGUUUCACCUGUCUAAAUGGCCAUAAGAGGCUAUCCAUUGGAUUCUGUCCUUACAAUCUCAAAAGCUAACUACUGGAUCCUUUUGGAAAAUACAACACCCACAGGAAAUACUGACUGAUACACUGCAUGACUGUUCCCACUUUGUUUUUUAGAUAUUUUUUAUCAUGUCUAUGUUAAGGGAAGAUUUAUUGACAAAAACCAACAAGUUAAUUUGAGUAAUUAUCUUAACUUAUGACUAGCUUUUUGUAAAAAACAACUUGUAUGAUACUAACUAUUGGUCGAUAUUACAAGGCAUAUGUGCCUAUAUAAUGUAUUUAUGUACAUGUCUAAGUGAAUAGGCUACACUCAAUUUUACCUGUGCAGUUCAACGGCUUGGAUUCCCCUGCCUAUUUGUUGUUUAGCUUAAUUUUUACCAUGUUUUCUUGACACAUUUCAGUUGAAUGCAUUCAGUUGAACUGACUAGGUAUCCCAGCCGCUUUCCCUUUCUUUACUAGGGACAGUGGACUAAGAUUCUGUCUCACAUGAUCAUUUAUCUGUCCCCAAAUAAUGGGGACUUGUUUUUUUUGUUUAGCUCUUAAAUGGGCAUGUUCUUAAGUGUUUUAUUUUUGUCUCACAUUAAAAUGUUGUUUUAUGGA